AUGGCGACGGCGCGGGUCCCGCGGCGCUUCUGCCGCUGCGCCUGCUUCUGCUCCGAGAACUUGUACGUGGCGCGCUACGGGCUGCACCUGCGCUUCCGGGACGAGCAGCAGGUGCGCCGGGACUACGGCCAGAUACUGCGCAGCAAAGGCUGUGUCAGCCCCGAGGACUUCCAGCAGCUGUUCACAGAGCUGGAGCAGGAGGUGCAGCGGAGGCAGCAGCUGGCACAGGACUCCGCCGCCAGGAAAGCGCUCAUCGCCAGCUCGUACCGGCCGGCGCGGCCUGAGGUCUACAUCACACUGCAGGAUGCGGCUCUGGCCCCCGAGUUCCGGGCCGCGGUCGAGUACAGUGCAUCCCCGGGCGCACACCGUGAGGGGCUCCUUCAGCAGCUGGAGACGCUGUCAGAGGAGAAGCGGAUCUACCGGAUCCCCGUGUUCACCCUGGCCUUCUGCAGCGCGCUGCUGGCCGAGCUGGCGCACUUCGAGCAGUCGGACCUGCCCAAGGGCAGACCCAACACCAUGAACAACCACGGGGUGCUGCUCCAUGAGUUGGGCCUGGACGAGCCGCUGGUGACGCCCCUGCGGGAACGCUUCCUGCAGCCACUGAUGACCCAGCUGUACCCCGAGUACUGUGAGGGUCCACUGGACAGCCAUCGUGCCUUUGUGGUCAAGUACGCGCCAGGCCAGGACCGUGAGCUGGGCUGCCACUACGAUAAUGCGGAGCUCACCCUCAACGUGGCCCUGGGCAAGGCCUUCACAGGAGGCGCCCUGUACUUCGGGGGUCUCUUUCAGGCACCCAGUGCUCUGAUGGAGACCCUGGAGGUGGAGCACGUGGUGGGCCAGGGCGUCCUGCACCGGGGCGGCCAGCUGCAUGGGGCCCGGCCCCUGGGCACUGGUGAGCGCUGGAACCUCGUCAUCUGGCUCCGAGCCUCUGCCGUGCGCAACCGUCUCUGCCCCAUGUGCUGCCGGGAGCCCGACCUGCUGGAUGACGAGGGCUUUGGCGACGGCUUCACCCGAGAGGAGCCCACCACGGUGGACGUGUGCGCACUGACAUGA